CCACAGAAGAAGAAGCAGAGGAUGGACAUCCAGACAGGUCAGGUGGUGCGUCCGCUGGGCGCCAUGGAGAGUCUGGAGAAGCAGCUGAGCUGCCCGAUCUGCCUCGACAUGUUCACGAAGCCCGUGGUCAUCCUGCCCUGCCAGCACAACCUGUGCCGCAGCUGCGCCAACGACCUCUACGAGUCCCGAAACCCCUACCACUUCUCCGGGGGGACCUUCCGCUGCCCCACCUGUCGCUUCGAGGUCGUGCUGGACCGCCACGGCGUGUACGGGCUGCAGAGGAACCUGCUGGUGGAGAACAUUAUCGACAUCUACAAGGAGCAGCAGGAGAGGAAGGCCGGGGACAGCGAGGACGCCCUGCUGAAGGAAAAGGACGCCAAGGAGCCGCGAUGCAAGGAGCACGAGGACGAGCACAUCAACAUCUACUGCGUCAGCUGCCAGACGCCCACCUGCUCCAUGUGCAAGGUGUUCGGACAGCACAAGGACUGCGAGGUGUCACCGCUGCACGCUGUCUACCAGAGCCAGAAGAGCGAGCUGCACGCCGCCGUGGAGCUGCUCGCCACAGGGAACAGCUGUGCGCAGGCCGUCAUGGUGCAGAUGGAAGACACCUGCAAGCUGAUUCAGGAGAAUGGCGAGCUGCAGAGGAGGCGGCUGGGCGAGAGUUUUGACCUGCUCUACGCCAUCCUGGAGGAGCGCAAAGGCGAGCUGCUGGAGCGGAUCGACCGUGAGGAGCAGAGCAAGCUGGCGGCGCUGCGGCAACUGGCAGACGAAUACAAGGAGCAGCUGCAGCUCAGCAGCCAGCUGCAGGAGAAGCUGCGGCAGAGCAUGCAGACCUAUGGCGCCGCACAGUUUCUGCUCGCAGCCACGCAGCUCCAGGAGGAGGCGCAGCGGGCGGCCACGACGGCACAGCUGCAGAGACCCGAGCCCGGCUUCGAGAGCAUGGAGCACCUGAGCCUGGACACGCAGGAGGCCGAGGAUCUGCUCACCACCAUGGACUUCAGACCGGGCGGCGAGGACCAGGACACAGAGUGACUGUGAUAGAACAGUCUGAGGACAGACAGACUGUGAUUGGACGGAUGUGUCCGAGGACGUUGCUGCUGUUUCGAAGACCUGAGGUCCCUCAGGACGAGCCGGAGUUGUGCAAUCUUUGAGGAAAGUUUUUCUAUUUGUCUUUUUAUACUUUUCUAUGGUCGAUUGUUUGUAGUUUUUAUUUAUUGUGUUUGUGAAUCUUUGAGGUGUGAAUAAAGCUUUGUUGGACUGAUGA